UUUCGGCGCCUGUGAUGUGAGCGACUCCGAGCGUGGAGAUCAAGAGCAAGCGAGGGAGAGAGAAAAGGAAAGAGGGACAACUAGCACUUCUUCUCCCCCCUCCGUUUCCCUGCUCCUUGUCACUCCAUCCUUCUUCCCCUCUCUUGGACCAGCUUCGAGGCAGGACCAUCAACCCUCCCCCCUCCUCCUACCGCCCCAGGACCCUUUGACUCUCCUCACUUGUCCCACCAACUGUCACUUUAGACAAGAAUCUCCCUCUCCUCGUUGUCCCACCCGUGGGCCCUGUUGUUUGCAGAGCGCAUAAACAUCACAACACAAGAACUAAUCAUUAUAUACAUCGAUUCCUGUUUCCAUUUCAAACUGAUUGAAUCGCUUUCCACUCGACAGGUAUACCAGUCAAAGCCAGCAUGGGCUGGCAGUCAACUUGAAGAAAGUUUAUCAGCUGACAGAUUGAGCUCUGAUAUAUAUAUAUAAAAAAAAAAAAUCCCAUUGAUUCUGCUCUGCUGUCCUUUAUGACCUUAGAAAACAUCACCCACAGAAAAUCAGGUGGCUAGCUGGCUGACAUCGCAUCAUAAUUCAACUCUAUUAGAAGACCCUCCAUAUCAGCACCAUCAUCCAGUUUUGCCUCCUCUUGCAAUGGAGUCGACUCAAGUUCAGUCAGAGGGUGGCCUCAAUGUUACCCUUACCAUCCGUCUCCUUAUGCAUGGAAAAGAAGUGGGAAGCAUAAUUGGAAAGAAAGGAGAAACUGUGAAAAAGAUGCGAGAAGAGAGUGGAGCACGAAUCAAUAUCUCCGAAGGCAACUGCCCUGAGAGGAUAGUCACCAUCACUGGACCAACAGACACAAUCUUCAAGGCUUUUGCCAUGAUUGCCUAUAAAUUUGAGGAAGAUAUCAUCAAUUCCAUGAGCAACAGUCCGGCAACCAGCAAGCCUCCGGUCACCUUAAGGCUUGUCGUGCCAGCCAGCCAGUGUGGCUCUCUCAUAGGAAAAGGAGGCUCCAAAAUUAAAGAAAUGAGAGAGUCCACAGGGGCGCAAGUUCAGGUGGCAGGGGAUAUGCUCCCCAACUCCACAGAGCGUGCUGUGACAAUCUCCGGGACCCCAGAAGCCAUCAUCCAGUGUGUCAAACAGAUUUGUGUCGUCAUGCUGGAGUCUCCACCUAAAGGUGCCACGAUCCCUUAUCGCCCGAAGCCUGCUUCCACCCCUGUUAUUUUUUCAGGGGGCCAGGCCUACACAAUUCAGGGACAGUAUGCCAUUCCACACCCCGAUCAGCUGACCAAGCUCCACCAGCUGGCUAUGCAGCAAACCCCCUUUACCCCUCUUGGACAGACCACCCCCGCUUUCCCUGGUUUGGAUGCGAGUCCACCAGCAAGCACCCAUGAGCUCACCAUUCCCAAUGAUCUCAUAGGCUGCAUCAUUGGACGUCAAGGAACCAAAAUCAAUGAGAUCAGACAAAUGUCGGGGGCCCAGAUAAAAAUCGCAAACGCAAUCGAAGGCUCAUCCGAGCGCCAGAUCACCAUCACCGGGACGCCCGCCAACAUCAGCUUGGCUCAGUAUCUCAUCAAUGCCAGGUUCAGGGACGUGGCCGCCAUGUGGACUGAUCCCUCAGCACAAUGACAACAUCCUGAAGUGGCCUUCCCCAUCCCACUACAAAUAUCAAUGUAUUCCCCCACAGAAUUAGACAGACGUGUGUUUGCAUUGUCAUGUGCAGUCUGUGACUCGCCUGUCAAUUUCCUUAUUGUUAUUGUUAUGUUAUUACAUACACUGUAUCAUUUAUAUGGUUGAUAUUUUAUGAAAACCUUUUUUUCCCCUUUUGGCGUUAUUCAUAUAAAUCACCGUCAACUGACGAGCAAAAUGUAUGUUUGUUUUUUCUUGUUUUAGUUUGUUCAUGAUUGACCAAUGACUAUCAACAAACCCUAACCCAUUAAAAUUCAGUUUAAAAGUAACUAAUUGAAACAAACUGAAGCAUUAAAUCGACAAAACCAGCAACAUUAGUAGGAAUUACUAUUCCUAAAAUCUAAAACUAAUAUUUUAGGAAGAAUGAGCUCCUUAAAAAUAUUUGUAUUUUGUUUGUCAAGACCAGCAGUCAUGUUUGUAAGGUAAACUAUUUCUCACUAGUUAACACGGCAUUCUGAUUGGAACCAAAACUAACAUCACAAUGGAGCAUUUACGUAAAUGCCACAUGACCAAACCCGUAAACUGGAUAGAUUUGAGUUCAAACAUCAUGUUAUCAAUCCAUACUUAUUCUUUUGACUGUAUAUACACAGGAAAUCCAGCAAAGGACAGUGUUGGACACAAUUUAAAUUGAAAGAUAUAACGUUUUUUUAUUCCAUGAACGCAGUGAGAAUAUCGUGUUUUGACCUGUAGCGGGACAUGAAACAAAUUGAGAAAAAAAAAAAAAAAAAAAAAUCUAAUAUAAGUGUUUUAUAUAUACUAGGGAUGUACCUAGUGCUGCAACAAUAAAUCGAUUAACUCGAGUAAUUCGAUAAGAAAAAAAAGAUUUGAAAUAAAUGUUGUUACUUCGAGUAUUUGUUUAAUUAAAGUGGCAUUGUAAUGGUUUGUUUUGAAAGUGUUUACAUUUAGUUUUAUUAAAUUAGGUCAAUACACCCACCUCUAGUGGAGGCAGUGAAUAUGACAUAACUCAUUUUACAUGGCUGAAUCCAGCAGCUCCCUGUUAAGAUCAACAUAAGUUUUUGUUUGAGCUAAUACUUUUUUUUAAUGCAUUCGUAAUUUAGUUUAUAGGUAUAUUUAGCCAUUUUUGUGGGAAAAUGUGUUUGAACUAUUUAAGAGCAUUGUAAAAAAAUAAAAAUAAAAAAAAAGGUUAGCAUUUUAUAGCAUUUCAGCUACAACUUGCUAUGCAAGUUAGCCAAUUUAGCCUUUUGUUGUACUUAGAUCCUCAUUUUUUUUUUUUUUUUUACCAUUUGAGGCUCAGAUCAGGUAUUUCAAUUUUUUAUGUUCCUUAUCUGAUUCCUCGAUUAUUCAAACUAAGUAGUUCAUCGAUCAAUCAACUAUUAAAAUAAUCGAUAGCUGCAGCACUAGAUAUACCGAAAGGAAAAUUAUUGGAUGAAACCGAAUAUUGGAAACACUUGGCCAAAUUUUUUUAAGAUUUAAUUUUUAAAAACAAAUAUUUUAUUUAAUUAUUUUCCAUAUAAUGCCCUUUGCCUUGGCAUUUGUUCUGCAACCCCGGAAGCACGGGAAAUUUAAUUUGAAAGGAGCAGAUUCUAAAAACCCAAUAGGAGGGUGCGUUCCCGGCGGCAGUGAGUGUUUUGUGGCAAAUGUUUGUAUGGAACUGUAGUUCACAACAACAACAAAAAAACUAUUCCGUUGUCGCCGAAAUUAGUAAAGCUCUUUCCACGCCAUCUCUCUUACUCCUUAAGACGCUGCUCUAGCAGCGACAAAGCCGAACAAAGUCGCUCCCAGCUGGAUUAAACGGCGACUGGCAGAGUAGUUGUGGAAGUUGCGGGAAAAAAAAUGUCACAAAAAGAUAAGUAGUCGUGCUGUAAACGUAUUGUACUAAACCAUUGCAAAUGCACAUGCAUGCAUUUAAAUACUACUUUACUCACGCACGGGCUCAAAUGCACUGUACUCAAUGUGACGUGGGACAUCAAUGGAAAGCAACUUCAGAUUGCGCGUGUAGCAGUAAUGGAGCAAAUUUAUUUCCAUUCAUUUAAAGUGUAUUAUAACACCUUGGGGAAAUGCUAAUAUUCCAUCAUUUAUCCAUAAAAGCAUGCCUUUUGGAUUCAUAUCAUGCCACUUCGUGUAAUUACACACAUCGCAACACCAACAAAAUGAUAGAAGUUUGGACCGAUUGUCAAGCUAAAACGACCGGCGCCCGAGAUGCCGGAAAUCUAGCAUAUUGUGUGCGUGACGUCACAACUAGGAAACACCCGGCUCAGUGCUUAGUACUGAAUGGCGGCGAUGAUGGCGGACAAUUUUGUUUGUAGUUGCAGCGACGAUUCCGACGUAACGAAAGUUCUUCUAAUGGUGACGAGGAGAGUUGUGAACCUUUCUUUGGUGUUUUGGGUUAUCAAUUUGAGCCCAAACGAAAGCUAAUGCAGCCUAAUGAAACGAUCAUUGAGGGGAGCAAUCACACUGAUGAAACACCGGCAACAGAUUGUGUGGGAAACACCGUAUGGUUUGUUUUGCAUUUCUUUUUGUGAAGCUGAUACACCAUGACCGCAAAAUAAUGUAUAGAAUAAUUACCCUAAUUUUCGGACUAUAAGCCGCUACUUUUUUCCUUUAUUUUGAAUCCUGUGGCUUAUAGUCCAGUGCGGCUUAUUUGUUGAUUUGUUUGGGUAAAUAGGUAACACUUGAUUUGAAGGCAGCGUCAUAAGACUGUCAUAAAACUGUCAUAAUUAUGACAUGACACCAUCAUGGUCAUUACUGAACGCUUAUGUCAUUGUCAUCUGGCAAAUUAUUUCACUAACUCCAUUUCCAAUUUGGAUAUUUUACAUAAAGUGAGAUAAUUUGUCAGAUAACACUAAAUCACAUCUGUUGUAAGCAUUCAUUAAUGCUCAUGACAGUGUUGUCAUAGUUAUUAUUGUCUAAUGACAGUCUAAUGGCACCACUGUCAACAAAAGGGUUACUAAAUACCAUAAUUCUCAAUUAAUGAAACAACUAGAAGAGUAACUGAAGAUAUAAUUAGCACAUACCAUAAAUUUUGAUUGUUACUUACAUCUGUAGCACUGCAAUGCAUGCUAGGAGGCAUUUUGGACAAAAACGGUGUUGACAGCAGGUGGCCGCAGAGGUUAACUGUCUCCCCCGAGGGAGCAGUGAUGGCCAAAUGAAGCUUCUUGAAGCAAUGAAGCUUUGAACCAAUUGGCCGCAAUGGUAGUUCAGUUGGUCUCAUGAAAAUCUUAUGAUCCCACUGUUAAAUAAAGUGGUAUCGGUUAAUAUCUUUUGGUAUGAAUAUCCCAAAAUACAGCGAGGAUAGCUGCAGCUUAUAGUCCAGUGAGGUUUAUCUGUGAACAAAUGCCAUUUUUGUGCCAAAUUUGGUGGGUGGCGGCCUAUAGUCAGGUGCGCCUUACAGUGCGAAAAUUACGGUAUCAUUUAUUGUGCUAUCAUAAGUUUUCGCUCUGCCGACACAAAUAUGAAUGGGAUUUGAGGAUUUGUUGUAUAUAUUUUACGAGCGAUAAUUUAUACAUGUGUCCAGUCCUAUAUCCAAUGCCUGAUAUGUUUAUUAUUAUUAAAGAGUACUCACUCUGGUCAUUUCGAGCUUGGCUGCUCCCCUCCUUUGCUUAGCCUGGGGUGGUCUCAUCAGUGCCAGUCAUCGUCCUCUUUCUUGAUAUCUCAGGACAUUUAGGUGGCUGCGCGUGUAUGGUGGGCACCGCAUCUGCUUUCAGCAGCAAUUUCUUAGCAAAACCUGAUUUCAUUUGUCCAUAGUUCGAAUAGCUUUCAGGUGUAAAAUGUGCACCACACAAAACUGUGCCGGAGGCUGGGUCUGCAAAAUUAGCCCUCUUUACACGGACGAACUUUACUCAUUGUCUGCGUAGUCCAGCUCUUUUUCUCGCAUUCGGGAACUCAUGGUUACUACAUUGCCACAAAUGGCUAUUUGUACACCACAUAGCAUGACAGGUUUGAACCAUUUUAGCGAUUUUUUGAUAAAACACGAACGCAACUCUCUCGUCGAUAAACAACGAUGGCACCUGCCUCGACCUUUUGUUUCCUGGCUGUGACGUCAAAGCCCUAUUCGGCUGUUUCCGGAAUACUUUCGGAAAUGUUCGUCAUUUCCGAUCUAUUUUCGAUAAUUGCUCAUGAAUGUGAUUUAUUUUUUUGUUAACUUUAUUCAUAUUUGUUAUCUUGCCACGUAACAGUUCUAUUGAUAUCUCACAGCCCCUUAGUAUUAUAAUUCUCUUUGAUAAUUUAUGUAUUUCUUUGAUACCUCAACAUACUUCCAAAUUGCGGAAUUGUUGGCUGUGAGCAGUAGUGUUAGCGAGACAGCGUGUUUUGUUUACGUCAUCACAAGAGUUCACAUAAUUCGGUGGUAAACUUUCAGUCUUUUAAACGAAAACCGCAAAUGCAAUUUUUGCUAUUUUCGGCCGAAAGUUUUCAAUCACAUCUCAUAUAUAUACUUAAAUAUAACAUAUAUAUAUAUGUUUUAGUUUGCCUUGAAGUCAACUUUGAGAUAUGAAUUCAGUCAAGUCAGAGUCAAGUGAAUUUUCUGAAGUGAAGCAUAAUCUAAUCUAAAAUGUGCUGCGAAUGGUGUUUAUCAGGUUCCCUCUACUUCCACCCCACAUUUUAAUAGAGAUUGGCCCCAGAAACAUUAUUACUGUUCUUUGAAAAUCAAUGUAUGAGCAAAAAGUGUUUGGAUAAAACUUGAAGGACAUAACAAGCUGCUGUAGUGUACUUUCUCCUCCACACCUUCCUCUUUCAAACUUGUUUUGCUAUUUUUUUCUUUUGUACUGUUCUAGGUUGACAUCUGAAGUCACCGGAAUGGCCACACUCUAAUUUCUACCCAUCUUCCUUCUGUGCAUCACAUGCCACAACUUAAGAUAAUGUCAUUGUACCUCAUUGAUUUACUACUCUGUAUUAGAUUGUCUUGAUAUUUAAGUGAUGUCAACGUUUACUGUAAAUACAGUCUGAGAUUAUUCACACAAAUCUAUAGCCACUUUCCUUUGGUUGGUCCGCUCCUGAAACUUUUGUUUUUAAACUCCCUUUCCUUGAUAUAAAGUACCUUCCUCUUUAAAAUUACAUAACCUUCUAGAUUUGCAAUAAAAAUAGAUUUUCUGUGUGUAGCUUCAAAUUUUGCCCACAUAUUGCAAUUGAAAGAUCUACACAGAACUCACAGCAUUGUCAGGGAAUACAAUGAAACAAGCUGUAAACAUUUGUUUACAGGAUUUUGGAAUGUUAAAAAAACAGAAAAUGGGUAAUCACAUUAAAAAAAUGCACAAAUACUAUAUUACACUAUUAACCCUCUCACCAUUUUUCUUUUUUGGUACACAAAUAAUGUUUGUAAUAAAACUAUUACUUUAAAAAUUACUAUAAGCUCGCUUCGAACUGUAACAAAACAUAGGGUUAAAUGUAUUUACCUGCUAAGUACUAUACUGGCAGUGUAUAAAAAAAGCUCAACGCAUGCAAACAAAAACAUUUUAUUCACCGAAUGACACAAAUCACCAAGUCAUGUCACUAAUGUUAUCAUCAUAUACCGUAAAAACAAAGAAAAACUGCAAAGACAAUUGCCAUGUAUAUACUGUAUAACAUUGAGAGAAUUUGAUGUGGCAACUAAAUACAGGAUUUCUGGUGAAAUGCUUUUAGUUCUAUACACUGCUGGGCAAAAGUAUUGGCACCCCUGCAAUUCUGUCAGAUCAUGCUCAAUUUCUCCCAGAAAAUGAUUGCAAUUACAAAUGCCUUAGUAGUAUUAUCUUCAUUUAUUUUUGCUUGCAAUGAAAAAACACAAAGGAGAAUGGGGGGGGGGGAGAGAAUCACUAUGAUUUUACACAAAAACUCUAAAAAUAGGCCAGACAAAAGUAUUGGCACCCUUUGAAAAAUAAUGUCAUGCUUCUCUAAUUUGUGUAAUUAACAGCACCUUUUACUUACCUGUGGCACAUAAUAGGUGGUAGCAAUAACUAAAUCACACCAAAGAACUGUCUGAGGACUUGAGAAACAAAAUUGUGAAGAAGCAUGGGCAAUCUCAAGGCUACAAGUCCAUCUCCAAAGACCUGAAUGUUAUUUGUCUACCGUGUGCAGUGUCAUCAAUAACUGUAAAGCAUAUGCAGGCAUGAAAAUGGGUCAGGGGUUAAAAAGGUGAGAAGGGUGUGGAGGAAAUAUGUUCCAGUACACUGUACACCCCAACAAAAUAUUGAGCUCUGUCGACCCACACUGUGUUUCAGCAGGGCCGUGCAGAGACCGGUGGAGGGGCGGGUGCUCGUAGAUCAAAAGGGGCACAUGAACAAGUAUUUAAUACACCUUAAAACAACAUGACUUCAAUUUUAACCAGCUUUAGAUACUAAUUAGCUGCGACUGUGACAUACUUUAAUUGGGAAGGGGCAACAGUGAAUAGAAAUCAAAACUGUCAUCAACACUUUCUGGCUGUGACUCAGUCAGUCUGCCUCUUUUCUUCCUUCAACCUCUGCAUCGAAACUUCCUUCCUCAACUUGUUCAUCUGAGAACAAACCACAUCAGAUGGUCACUGAGCCACCAAAAGCACAGUUUUCUCAAAACUAUUAUUUCAUUAUUAUCCAUACUUAACAACUCUAGCACCUAAUGAUUAAUAAAGCAAUGACAUAAAAUCUUAUAGAAAAAUAACAUUGUAAUUGUGUUUAUAAUUGUAUUUAAUACCCGACUAUCCUUAAAAACUUGUUCUUACCAGGUCUGCUAUUCACCCAGCUGAUGAGGUAUCCACUGCCUUUAGCAGCCUCAUCCAACUCCUUUUUUUAUCCCUCAAUCUCCUUUCCCUACGAGGCAUGUCUAUGUAAUGAAAUAUAAAUAUUAAAAAAAAAAAAAAAAAAACGGACUCCCCGGUGGCUUUUAGUUUUAAAGCUUUAAUUUUUUUCUCUCUCAAUAACGAUGGAGGUAGAUUUGUGUUUUUAUUAUUCAAUCAAAAAACAAAGUUACUUCUAUCAAAAACAAAGUUGCUUCAAUCAAAACACAGUAUAUACUUUUAAUCCCAAAAAAGUCACUUCAAUAAAAAAAAUUGUUUUUGAUUGCAAAAAUAAAUUUGAGACAAAAAAAGCAUUUGAAAACUAUUUUUCUUGAUUGAAACAAAUUUUUCCAUUGAAGUAAUGUUUUGCGUUUGGGCCACAUUUUGGCUAGGACAUUUGUGUCUUUAUUAUUCAAUCAAAUAAGUUGCUUCAAACAAAAAAAGAAAAAGAAAAACUUUGCACAUGUGUCAAUCACCGUUUAACAAAGCCUGAGAGGGUUUGAGUAGACUCACUAUGAAGCAUUUCAUAAAGCCAAGCAUUUUCUUACUACUUUCUUCUUGUUUAAAAAUAAUUCGGUGGGGCAGUAACAUGUUUAAAACUUAUAAUUCUUACAUUUUGAGGUGCUUGAAAACCAUUUAUAAAUGAUACUUAGGUGAACAAAGUGAAAAAGCAUGUCUUAUAUAUAUGUAUCUUUUUUCCAAUGUAAAAUCUGAAUAAAUACAUUGAACACGCACACAAAAUGGGGAGGGGGGGCGCUACUUCGCGGUUUUCACUUAUUGUGGCGGGUUCUGGUCCCCAUUAACCGCGAAAAACGAGGGAUCCCCGUAUUCCUGAAAAGCUUAGCAAGAGUCAUUCCCACCACUCGUCGUGCCGGUAUUGUGCCGACACCGGCCGUCAGCUCAAGUCACAGCCGAAAAUAACGCGUCUCAGGCGGACGACGGGAGCGAUACGAGGCGCCCUCCUCCAUCCGAGAGCAUGCCGCUUAAUUUGACUCAACAGUGUGUUUCUUCAUCUAUAUUACCGCUAAAUACACAAGCUUGACGCCAAUUUAACGGGAGCUAUUUUUUUUCAUGGGAGAUUUGGCUAGCUCUGGCAGUGUUCAACGCAAGCUGCAACAAAUGGCAGUAACUUUUUUUUAUAUCGCAAAAUGUGAAAACGAUUGAAACCAUUACUCACCAAAUUCAAUCUGCUGGCAAAUACAGGCAAGUGUGUAUGCUGCGCUCUGGUCUGCCCCGGUGUGGAUAAGGCCUGUUUUUUUUUUCGCAGCUUUUUAAAGCAACCAAAGGCUCUCCGAGCACUCCAUGUACACGUAGUGCGCGCGUUUGGAAUAAUGGAACGCAGCUUGGGCCGAUGAUUGGUUCUCGUCAGCGAAGCAUCUAGAAUGAUUUGCUGACUGUCCACGUGUCACAGUUUUAAAGAACCGAUUUCUUAAGUGCUCAGUUUACGUACUAAGUUAAUCACAUGAUGAUAAUAAUAAUAAUUAAAUAAAACCUCCCGGACCCCCCCCCCUCCUCCCAAAAAGAAUUUCUCCUCGGAUCUACGCAAUUCACGUAGGUCGCCCUUUUUGACUUCAAAACGGCGAAUUUUGCCGAAAGGUGAGAGAUUUUCAUGCCUGAUAUGGCACUGUGGCUAACCUCCCUAGAUGUGAACGAAAAAGAAAAAUUGACAAGAUAUUUCAACGGAAGAUUGUGCGGCUGGUGGAUAAAGAACCUCAACUAGCAUCCAAACAAGUUCAAGCUGUCCUGCAGUCCGGGCGUACAAGUGUCAACCCGUACUAUCCUUCGGCGUCUAAAGGAAAAGGGACUUUAUGGUAGGAUACCCAGGAAGACCCCACUUCUGACCUAGAGACAUAAAACAAAGCCAGGCUAAAGUUUGCCAAAACUUAACUGAGAAAGGCCAGAAUGUUUUGGAAGAAUGUUCUCUGGUCAGCUAAGACAAAAGUAGAGCUGUUUGGGAGAAGGCAUCAACAUAGAAUUUAUAGAAGGAAAAAAAACGAGGCCUUCAAAGAAAAGAUCACGGCCCCCACAGUCAAACAUGUCAGAGGUUCCCUGCUGUUUUGGGGCUGCUUGGCUUCCUCUGGCACUGGACUGCUUGACCGCGUGCAUGGCAUUAUGAAGUGCCAGUAAUGAGUCCAGCCCUGAAUCCCAUAGAACAGGGGUCCCCAACCUUUUCUGCACCACGGACCGGUGUUAUUUGGGUCUUUUUUUUCACGGACCGGUGUUCUGACAAAUUUUACAACCCAUCAAAAAUUGCAACGAUGCGGUUCUGCGCAUGCGCGUAACGUUAAACAUAGCCGCAAAAUGCGCAAAUGCAGCGAUUCCAAACAAAACACUACAAACCUUCUUGAAAGAAAGGAAUAUUAACUUACGUUUGAUCAUGCAAGGACUUGUAGAAAAGUUCUCCACAGAUACAUCCUGCCAUGUUAGCUGCACACAACAACUGCACACCGCUCUCACCAUUAACGACUUCGCCUUGUCGUUAAGCAUUAAUUAAGAAGCCCGCUUCACAAAGAUAUGAUGUUGGAAAUUGUAGCAAGGCUUUCAAUGCUCUCAUAGCGAUGUCAGGAUAUUCCGGAAUGACUUAAAUCCAGAACCUCGGUAGAGUUGUUGUCUCAAAUGUACGUUUAAUAAGGUCGCCGUCAUUUACGAUCUCUACAAAUUGAUCCUCCUGUUGCAGAGACAUGCACGAAUCACUCGGUUUAUUCACAAACAGGUCACAAAUCCACUCCUUCGCAGUUCGUGGGUCUUCGAGGUUGUAGGCUCAUCAGGUGCCCUUUUCGCCGUAAAAAUAUCUCCAAAGACGUCUGUUUUCCAGUCAUCUUCGCUCGUGGGGGCUAAUUAUUUCCGGGAACAAAUGUGCUACGCCCGCGGCCUAGUAAUACGUUAUUAUCGAGGACAAGCGCACAUAGAUAUAUUAUAUACACAAACAAUUUGUACUGCUAGCAGUCCAAUCAAUUGAUUUCUAUGACGACAUUCUAAUCUAUCCCGUAGUAUUAUAUCUAGAGUAGAUAGGGAUAUUAGUGUGUUCAGCAGGGGCACAGGGUUAAUUCGGCCAGAAUGCGGUCGUGAUUAAAUUAUUAUUUCUGUGCGGCCCGGUAGCAAAAGCGCCACGGACCGGUACCGGUCCGCGGCCCGGCAGAUAGGGACCCCUGCCAUAGAACACCUGUGGAGAGAUCUGAACAUGGCAGUUUGGAGAAGGAACCCUUCAAAUCUCAGAGACCUGGAGCAGUUGGCCAAAGAAGAAUGGUCUAAAAUUCCAGGAGAGCAUUGUAAGAAUGGAUACCGGAAGCGGUUGUUCGCAGAGAAAUUGAGCAUUAUCUGACAGAAUUGCAGGGGUGCCAAUACUUUUGGCCAGCGGUGUAAAAGCUUUAACUCAGGUAAUAAAGUUAAAGUUUUAACUUUUUCAGCACUCAUACAUUGUAUUUGCUGAACAUUUGACAAGCCAUUCAAGACGAAGAUAAAAUCGCAUAUGACCCAAGCUAACACGGUUUCUAUGCAAGAGUGCCCCCAAAAGCAUGUUUUUUUUUUUACGAGUUACCCUAGAACAAAUUUUACAUAACAUACUAAUAAAUACUGUAAUACCACUUGAACUGUUUGGUGUAAAUCCAGUUUCCUAUACUCCCAAAAAAAUCAUAGUUAAAUGAUUAUCAUAGCAAUGAUGUACGGGGUGUAGCUUUGCUACUGUAGCUUUGGCUCAGGUAAUUUGUAGAUUGUUAUAUUUACACCCCAUAACUAUAGGGGGCAGCAUGUUUCUGGAAGAAUCUUUUUUAAAUUCCUACUUUCUCUUUAAAAUAUGUAACUCUUCUCCAUGUGCAUAAAGGGCAAUAAUCUCUAAUCGUCAGUCUAUUUAAGCUCCAAUUACAAAAGGACAUGACCGUAUCCGUUACAGCCACGUUAGAAUUAAAUCAAAAGUCGUGAUACGUGCCUCUCAAAGCAAGUGCUGUGAGACAAUCAUCUGUCUGGUGUGUUAACUUUGAUUGACAGGUGAACUGGUGAAGGUCCUAAAGCAUUAAUUUGAUCAUCCUUUGUUCCUCUUCCACCCAAUGCCAUCAGGUCAACAUCUCUAGGGACAUUUAGAAUAGAUAGAGUAGAACGGACAUACAAUGGGUAUCGUUCGUCUAUACUGUAUUCACCUAAUAACAAAGUGUUCUUUCACAGUGUUGUGUAAGGAUCAUGUUUUAAAGUUCAAACUAAUUUUAGGAGAACCUGGUCAAGUGCCAGAUGUGAGUUCAAAAAGGUCUCAGGAAGACAUCUUUCAAAUUACUUUUAGCUUUCCCUGACCCUAUAGUGUCAAGUAUACUCUUUAAAAGUCAUUGGGUUUCGUGAACAAGCAUACCAUCAGACAACACAAUCCUUAUGGCAAAAUACAGGUUUAGGAUGCAAUUUUUUUUUUCAUUUUAGCGAGAAUGGCUGAGGCUUGAUGAAAAAUCUUGGUUUAAAUACCAGGCAGAUAGGGCAACUGUUCCUGUCAGCUGAGGAUCUCUAAAAAUGUACACCGGAAACACAUGGUCUUGAUACUUUUAGUGUAUUUAUUUAAGUUUGCAAAGAUAUCAAUUGCCUUUGUGUCACAUGUUCAAGUCCUUUACAUUCAACGCCUUCUACCGUGAAUUUGACAUGUAACCGAUAUGUUUAUCCUAUACCUAUGCUACUGAAUGAGUGAACGAAUGUCAGUAAAAUGUAGCACUGCAGGAGCAAAGCUGUUUCAGAAAAUGUGUCAUAUGAUCAUGUUUCUCUCUAUGGAGGUUUAUUUAUUGAGGUUUAUGUGGAUUAUUUUGUAAACAGAAAAUAAAGCUGGAGUCCAUUUUUUCCUUGA